AUGGACGUGACCAUCUCGGAGCUGCUGGAGCUCUUCCUGCAGAGCCCGCUCGUGACCUGGGUGAAAACGUUUGGGCCCCUGGGGAGCGAGAGCGAGGACCGGCUCGGCGUGUACAUGGAGCUGGUGGACGGCGUCUUCCUCAACAAGAUCAUGCUGCAGAUAGAUCCUCGGCCAACCAACCAACGUGUUAACAAGCAUGUAAAUAAUGACAUUUAUCUUCGCGUUCAAAACUUGACCAUCUUGGUCAGAAGCAUUAAGACCUAUUAUCAGGAGGUCCUCCAGCAGCUGAUUGUAAUGAAUUUACCAAAUGUUUUAAUGAUUGGCAAAGAUCCGCUUUCUGGUAAAAGUAUGGAUGAAAUUAAGAAGCUCCUGCUGUUGGUUCUGGGUUGUGCUGUGCAGUGUGAAAGAAAAGAAGAAUUUAUUGAAAGAAUAAAGCAACUGGAUAUUGAAACACAAGCUGCUAUCGUGGCCCACAUUCAGGAGGUGACUCACAACCAGGAGAAUGUCUUUGAUUUACAGUGGCUGGAGCUGCCGGACAUGGCUCCAGAAGAACUGGAGUCUCUCUCCAGGAAUAUGGUUUUCCACCUCAAAAGACUCAUUGAUGAGAGAGAUGAGUGCACAGAAGUGAUUGUAGAUCUCACUCAAGAGAGAGAUUAUCUACAGUCUCAGCAACCACCAAGUCCUCUGAAAGCACCGAGCCCCGAUUCCUCACCAAAUCCAGCCAACCCGCGUUCCAAUGAAGACAAACAGCACCUUGCAGUUGAGCUGGCAGACACGAAGGCCAAGCUGCGAAGAGUCCGGCAGGAGCUGGAAGAGAAGUCUGAGCAGCUUGUGGAUUCUAAACAUGAAGUUGAACAGCUCAUCCUAGAGCUGCAAAAAAUAAAACAAGAGAAUAUCCACUUGGCCUCGGACGCUCGCUCUGCCCGAGCAUACAGAGAUGAGCUGGACUCCCUGAGAGAGAGGGCCAACCGUGUCGAGAGGCUGGAGAUGGAGCUUGUCCGAUGCAAAGAGAAACUUCACGAUGUGGAUUUUUACAAGGCUCGCAUGGAGGAAUUAAGAGAAGACAACAUCAUAUUAAUUGAAACAAAGGCCAUGCUAGAAGAACAGUUAACAAUGGCAAGAGCUCGUGGUGAUAAAUUGCAUGAAUUAGAGAAGGAAAAUUUGCAGUUGAAAUCCAAACUUCAUGAUGUAGAGCUGGAUCGGGACACGGACAAGAAGAGAAUUGAAGAGCUGCUGGAGGAGAAUAUGGUCUUGGAGAUUGCACAGAAACAGAGCAUGAAUGAGUCUGCACACCUAGGCUGGGAACUAGAACAACUGUCAAAAAGCACAGACCUUGCGGACACUAGAAAGUCUUUUGUGUUUGAGCUGAACGAGUGUGCGUCGAGUCGCAUACUGAAGCUGGAGAAGGACAAUCAGAGCUUGCAGAACACCAUCCAGGAGCUGAGAGAUGCCUCCUUGACCUCCAGGGAGAGCAGCUUGAAGUUUGUGGAACUGGAGAAGGAAAACCAGCAGCUAAGCAAAAAGAUUGAAAAGCUGCAAAAUCAAAUUGAGAAAGAGAAGCAAAGUCAUCAAGAUCUGGAGACCUUAAGCGAGGAGCUGAUAAAAGAGAAAGAGCAACUACAAGUCAUCAUGGAGAAUUUGAAAGCCGACAAAGACAGACAGAUAAAGGAUCUUAAACAAGAAAAUGAUCACCUUAAUCAAGUGGUCUUGUCCUUGAGACAAAGAUCUCAAGUAAGCAGUGAGGCCAGAGUGAAAGACAUUGAAAAAGAAAACAAGAUCCUUCAUGAAACAGUCACAGAAACUAGUAGCAAACUGAACAAGCUGGAAUUUGAGAAGAAACAAUUACAAAAGGAUUUUGAGCAGGUUAAAGAGAAAGUGGAACGAGUGGAAGAAAUGGAGAAGGAACUUCAUCGGUUGGAGAGGGAGAAUGAACAGCUCACAAAGAAGGCAGCGGCCAUGAAAAUAGUGACAGAAAAAGUUGAAGUUCUUGAGCAGGAAAAUGGGGAUCUGGAGGUGGAAAAUAGGAAAUUAAGAAAAUCCCUGGACACGUUGCAGAAUAUUUCUAUCCGUCUUGGUGAUCUGGAAAGGGACAACAAGCAGUUAGAUGAAGAAAAUUUGGAGCUCAGGAGAGUGGUAGAGACCAUGAGAUUUACCAGCACAAAAAUGGCACAAAUAGAAGCAGAAAAUAAAGAUUUGGAGAGGGAGAAAGAGGACCUAAGGAAGAAUGUAGAAAUGUUAAAAGUGCUGAGCAAGAAAUCAGAGAGACUGGAGCUAAGCUAUCAAAGUGUUAACUCUGAAAACCAGAGACUUCAGCAAAUGUUGGAGAACAGCAGCAAAAAGAUUCAGGAGCUAGAGAAAGAAGUGCAAGGAAUGGAGAGUGAAAACCAGGUCCUGCAGAGAAACAUGGAGGAACUAAAGAUUUCUACCAAACGGCUAGAGACCUUAGAGAAAGAGAACAAAGACUUGGAGCAAGAAAUGUCUCAGCUGGAGAAAGACAAAAAAAUGCUAGAGAAAGAAACAAAGCGGCUUUGGCAGCAAGUGGAGCUGAAAGAUGCUAUUUUGGAUGAUAGCACAGUAAAGCUGGCAGUUGCUGAGAAGGAAAACAAGACACUAGAAAAGGAAAUUGCUCGAUUCAGAGAUUCAUCUAAUAAGCUGAAAGAAUUUGAAAAGGACAACAAAGACCUCAUAAAGCAAGUUACAAUUGAUAAAAGAACACUAGCUACAUUGAGAGAGGAUUUGGUCCUAGAGAAGCUGAAGAGUCAGCAGUUGUCUAGUGACCUGGACAAACUGAGCCAGGAGCUGGAGAAGAUAGGAUUGAACAAAGAGCUGCUGCUGCAGGAUGACAACGGCAACGAUGACACAAAAUACAAGAUUCUGGAAAGCAAAACUGAAUCAGCACUAAAAACAGCAGUAGUUGUUAAAGAGGAAAAGAUUGCAAUGUUGGAAGCUCAAGUGAAAGACUCUUUGAACUUGAAUCAGCAGUUACAAAAUGAGCUAAAUAUGGUAAAAAAGGACUUUGAUGCACUCAAGCAAGCCCAACAGGAUGGGCAGUGUACUCAGAAAUCCCUCAAGUAUUCUGCAGAGAAAUUCAUUCCCAAUCACCAAAUGAAAGAGAAAUUGGAAAUGGGACACCGAGAAGCUACCAUGGAGCUUCUGAAACUGAAAGACAGGGCAAUAGAAUUAGAAAGGAAUAAUGCUGCCCUGCAUACUGAGAAGCAGCUGCUUAAAGAACAGCUGAAGCAUUUGGAAAUGCAGAAUGUCUCCUUCAACAGUCAGAUCCUGACACUACAGAAGCAAAAUGUCUUUCUCCAGGAACAUAACACUUCUCUGCAGACGCAGACAGCUAAACUGCAGGUAGAAAAUUCAACCCUCAGCUCGCAGAGUGCCUCGCUGAUGGCCCAGAAUGCUUUACUCCAAAAUCAGCAGACAGCCAAGGAGAAUGAGAAUGAAAAUCUGUUGAAACAGAAGGAGCAGUUGAAAGCUGAAUAUGAAUCGUUGCUUCAGGAUCAUGAACACCUUGCUUCACUGCAUGAGCGGCAGUCCGCAGAGUAUGAAAUGCUAAUAAACCAGCACAGCUGCCUGAAAGCCUUACACAAAAACCUGGAUCUGGAGCAUAAAGGUCUGGGUGAGAGGUACAACAGCUUAAUGAAGCAUAAGGCAGAACUGGAAGAGCUGGAAAUAGUUUUAAAAACUGAGAGGGAAGUUCUGCAACAAGAAAGGAGAACAAAUGCAAUAACCAGUGGGGAAAAUCAGAAGUUGAGGGAGGAACUUGACAGGGUGAAUUUCUUGCACAGCCAAUUAAAGGCAGAGUAUGAAGGGCUGCAUUCACACACGAAGGAGCUGAAAACUUCCUUGAACAACUCUCAGCUAGAGCUGAAUCGUUGGCAGGCUCGCUACGAUGAGCUCAAAGAACAGCACCAGUCCAUGGACAUCUCGCUGACAAAGCUGGAUAACCACUGUGAGCUGCUGUCACGGCUGAAGGGAAAUCUGGAAGAAGAGAACCAUCAUCUCCUGAGUCAGAUCCAGAUGCUGAGCCAGCAGAAUCAGAUGUUGCUGGAGCAGAACAUGGAGAACAAGGAGCAGUAUCAUGAGGAGCAGAAACAGUACAUUGAUAAAUUAAAUGCUUUAAGGAGACACAAGGAAAAGCUUGAAGAGAAGAUAAUGGAUCAGUAUAAGUUUUAUGAUCCUACUCCAAAAAAGAAAAACCACUGGAUUGGAGCCAAAGCCUUAGUCAAAUUAAUCAAGCCAAAGAAAGAGACUACAAGGGAGCGGUUGAAACCGUCAGCAGAGAGUUCUGCCUGGCAUCCCGAAUCCCCAGAAACAGUAGCCUCCCCAUCUGCCUCCCAGAAACUGAAACACCAGCAGGAUGGACAGGAUAACACCUCUCAGGGGUCCAACUCCAUGGAAGAGAGAGAGAACCCCGGGGCUCCUUCCAACAAAGCUGCUCAACGCAAAAAGAUUGCCUUUUUGAGAAGCAAAAUCAAGGAUAAAGAAAAGACUCCUAAGUCUCCAUCGAAUCAUCAAUCUCUUUCUAAUCGACUGCGGUUCUGGUCUUCUUCCGACAUCCCAUCCUCUCCUAAUGAACCUCUUUCUUUCUCGGAAUUGGGAGAUUUGAUUGGCCUUCCUGUGUUCAGUAUUGCCUGUUUAAGUAUUGUGUCCUUUCUAGGCUAUCAGUCAGAAGAUAAUCUGUGUGAGCAGUCCCCUGAGGUAGAGUUUUCAAGCACCAGGCAGCAUGUGUCCAGGCCAAACAGUUCAGAGAGCAGCAGAAACGCAUCCAGCAGCAGUUCACCCCUCAUCUUGAAAGGUUCCUCAGAUCAUAUCCAUGGUAGAACCGAGAGCCUCAGCAGUGAAGAUACGGUGACAAGCAGAGAGGCACCAGCCUUGCUCCGAGACAGCUAUUCCUUUCACUCCGCUUCGAGCACGUUAGGCCCUAGCAGUAGGCGUGAGCUCUCCUUCCACAGGAGCAGCUCCGGCUCUUACGAUUUACCUCAGAGGAGCCCCGCGGCGCCGCCCAGUGCAGGCAGGCAGCGCCCUGCCUCGCCUGGCAGCGAGAUGGUGACUCUGGAGGAGUUCCUGGAAGAGAGCAACCGGCUGUCCCCACCAAGCUGUCGGCGCAGUUUAAAUGAGAGUGAAACGAUUUCAUUGCACCAAUUUCUGUUAGAAGCUGAUGCCCUGUUUCCCUCUUGCCGCUCCCUAUGCCCUUCCCUCCAUCAGGAGUCUUCACAGUCACUCGAAUCCAUCCUCAGUCAUUCAUGUCCUGCCAGCGUGAGGCACAGAGCAGGCAGAGGAAGCAGGAGAUCUACUUCACUGUAUAUCCCCAGGGACCCCUCCUGUAGCCGGGAUGAUUUGCUGAGUGGUUAUUGUAGGAAGCCAAACGAGCCUUCGGCCACCGGAAACCUGCUGGUUCCCUCAUCCCGCAAGGAGGCUGUGAGGGUGCCCGCUAGUCACCUUUGUGCGGCUGCCAAGGCGGCCCCGGCCAGCGAAGAAGGAAGCGUGCCGAAGGCUGGGAGCGGCUGCGGGAAGCCGGGCCUCAGCGAGGGGGAGCGGGAGCGUCCCGCGGGCCCCCAGGCGGCCGCCGCGGCGCGGCAGGCAGCGCAGCCGCAGCAGCCGGGCAGCACAGGCCGCCGGAGCACCUCGCUGAGCAGGGCCUUCAGCUUGGCCUCCGCAGACCUGCUGCGCGCCAGCGGCCCCGACACCUACGGCCAGGAGAGCCCCCCGCCGGCGGCAGCGGAGCUGCGGGGAGCCAGGGACGGGGGCGGCCCGGUCUCCCGGCUGCCCGUGCCGGCCGGCGCCGCGGUCGCCCUGCGGGAGAGGCCGCGCUCCGCCAACGUGGCCGGGCCCGCGGUGCCCGCUGAGCCGCGCUGCCGGCAGCUCGAUGCCCGGCGCCUCUCGCUGGCGCCGCCCAAGGACGAGCGGCCACUCUCCUUCCAUCAGUUCUCGGUGUCGCCCGCAGCAUCCACCUGCAGCCUGAACGCGCAGCAGCAGGAGCGAGGGAGCGCAGGGCAGCACUACUCAUCGGCCCCGCACACCCCCGCUAAAGUCAGGCCCAGGUCGGCCCUGCGCUCUGGGGAGGCGGCCGCCCUGAGCCCCGCCAGAGCCGGUCCCAGCAGUGCGGAGGGAAGCCCUUCCCCGGGCCAAGGGCAGGGCGAUGCGCAGCAUGGCAGGGCCCCGGGCAAGCUGCCCGAGGGCGCCGCUGGGCCCGUGGAGGAGCCGCUGAGGGGAGGGAGCAGCUCAGCCAGUGCUGCGGAGCCGCAGGGGGAGCAGCAGACCGUGUGGUACGAGUACGGGUGCGUGUGAGUGAGUGAGCGAGCUGACCGCACUGCCCUCCUGCCACCUCAGCGGGCCAGUUGCUGUGUUUUAAACAAGGAGCAAAACCCUGGCUCUUCUGAUGACACGACUGUGCCUAGAAACACGCAGAAGCCUGACCUGCCCCUACGGCCGGCUUUGUGCUUGCUGCUCGGAUGUGCUGAGCUUUCCCUGCUCCAGGAGGCACCUACCUGCAGGCUCCUCUGAAGAUCAGGCUGCUCUGUCAUUGCGACGCAGCGCACCCUCCUACCUGCAUUAAGGAAGAGUUUCACAGGUCGUGUGUGUCAUGUCCCACCCCACCAACCCUCCCUACCCCAAUAAAUAACUUAAACCAUACUGAAAAGGUCAUGUAAAAGCCAAAAUUCUCCCCCAGAAGACAACUGCAGCAGCUUGAAGAGAAUCCUGAAGAGCAAAGAAGCGCGUGGUGGCUUUCACCCCAAUUCACCAGGGCACUGUUGUGGGCUUGAUGGUCUCUGAGGGUCACGUAUCGGCCCUCCCAGCUGGGCCUGGCCAGGCGCAGGGACAGCGGAAUCGCCCUGGCUGCAGCGGCACCUCGGCCCCUCCCGGAGCCCGGGGCUGCUGCCCUUGCGGCUUGGUUUUGUUCCGCACAAGCACUGAGCCUAACGCAGCCUUUUCAGGGGAGAUGCUGUUUCCGUCACAGAGAUGGCAUCUUGUGUACAGAAGCAACUUGUAAGUAUGUAUAUAAAGAGACCAAGUAUUGUAUAGGAAUGCUGUGUAAAUUGUAUUAAUACAGCUUUGGGUGCGUGACUGCCCACACUGUAAGUGAUACGUGGGAAUCCUUCUCUUAGAAAAUCCUUGUAAAAUCCUUGUUUAUGUCUCUGAGAACUUGACUCAGUAUUGAAAGCAAAAUAAUUUUGUAUACACAUGAAAGAAAAAUACUUUUUAAAAUCUAUUUAUGUGCAAAGAAGUUCCUUGUAACUCUCUGUCCAGAGUUUCAACAGCUGCUUAUGUAUAUAGGAUCAAAUGUGCAUCUUUAAUUCUGUGUUUGUAAAUGUGUUGG